AUGGCUUCCGCGGCGGGCGCGGAGCCGACGGUGCUGGGGCUGGGGCUCCCCAGCGGGAGCGCCGCGUGGGGCGCCGGAGGAGCGCGAGACGCGGCGGCGGAGCCGGCCGUGGAUCUCGACGUGCACCCGUCCGGCCUCGUCCCCACCAUCCAGAACAUUGUCUCCACAGUCAAUUUGGACUGCCAGUUGGAUCUGCAACUAAUAGCCAACAGAGCUCGUAACGCAGAGUACAACCCAAAGCGUUUUGCUGCGGUUAUCAUGAGGAUAAGGGAUCCCAAGACAACUGCACUGGUAUUUGCUUCAGGGAAGAUGGUUUGCACAGGAGCAAAGAGCGAAGAGCAUUCAAGGCUUGCUGCGAGGAAGUAUGCGCGGAUUGUCCAAAAGCUCGGCUUCCCAGCUCGUUUCAAGGAUUUCAAGAUCCAGAAUAUGGUUGGGUCAUGUGACGUCAAAUUCCCCAUUCGUCUGGAGGGCCUUGCUAUGGCCAGUGGAUUGUUUGCCAAUUAUGAGCCGGAGAUCUUCCCGGGGCUGAUCUACCGCAUGGCAGACCCCAAGGUCGUGAUCCUCGCCUUCGUCUCUGGCAAGGUCGUCCUCACCGGAGCCAAGGUGCGGGAGGAGAUAUACAGAGCCUUUGAGAACAUAUACCCGAUGCUCGUGCAGUUCAGGAAACGGCAGCAGCAUAGGUAG